GACUGGCCACACAACAAUCACCGCUUAUAAAGCGGUGACGGGACGCACGGUGACACACUGCGCACUGAUCCUCCUGAGGCUCAAGAACAUACCUGGCGACGUUCACAGGACUCAAACAUGGAAAAAAGACCAAACUGGGAAAGUCCCAUACAGUUUGUGCUGGCAUGUGUGUCAUAUGCUGUCGGACUGGGAAACGUGUGGCGGUUUCCAUACCUCUGUCAAAUGCACGGUGGAGGGGGGUUCUUGAUUCCAUAUCUCAUAAUGCUGGUAUUGGAAGGUGUUCCCUUAUUCUACAUGGAGCUUGCCAUUGGCCAGAAGAUGAGCCGAGGCAGCAUCGGGGCAUGGACUGCUAUCAGCCCUUACCUGGGAGGAGUCGGUCUUGCUAGUGUUGUGACAUCCCUGUAUCUUUGUCUGUAUUACAACAUCAUCAAUGCAUGGAGUUUCUGGUACCUCUUUCAUUCAUUUCAAUCAGUGCUGCCCUGGGCAGAAUGCCCCAUCAAUUCCAACCGGACAGGACCUAUAGAGGAGUGUGAAAGAGCAACACCCACCCAGUAUUUCUUCUUCAGGGAAACACUGAACAUCUCGCCUUCUAUUGAAGAGAAUGGAGGCAUUCAUACGGGCCAGGCACUGUGCCUCUUACUUGCCUGGAUGAUUACCUACCUGUUCAUUGUCCGAGGAGUAAAGUCAACUGGAAAAGUGGUGUACUUCACAGCCACAUUUCCAUAUGUGGUCCUCUUUAUCUACCUAAUCCGUGGCAUCACUCUCCAGGGUGCCUUCAAUGGUGUCAAAUACAUGUUUAUACCCAAGAUGGAACAGCUUGCCAACCCGAAUACAUGGAUCAAUGCGGCCACUCAGAUCUUUUUCUCUCUGGGUUUGGGUUUUGGGUCACUCAUAGCUUUUGCCAGCUACAACCACUACAACAACAACUUUGAGCGUCAGGCCAUCAUUGUUUCCAUGAUCAACAGUGGAACCUCCAUCUUUGCCAGCAUUGUCACCUUUGCCAUCUAUGGAUUCAAGGCGACGGUCAACUACGAGAACUGUCUUGAGAGGGUACGCUUACUGCUGCUGAACACCUUUAAUAUAGCUGAAGACCGCAUCACCAUUGACAAUGUCUUCACGUGGAUUGACAAUCUGAACACAACAUAUCCGGUGCAGUUUGCCGAAAUCGAAAACCAGUUGGAACACUGUGACCUGGAGAGUGAACUAAACACUGCAGUAGAGGGGGCAGGUCUGGCUUUCAUUGUGUAUAGCGAAGCCAUUAAGAACAUGCCAUUGCCUCAGCUUUGGUCAGUUCUGUACUUCCUCAUGCUCCUGCUAUUGGGAAUGGGCAGCAUGCUGGGCAACGUCACUGCCAUCAUCACCCCACUACGAGACUUCAAGGUGAUGAAGGGUGUCAGCAUCGAGUUGAUCAACGGUGUAGUGUGUUUGUUCUGUAUGCUGGUCGGCCUGGGCUUCACCACCACGGCAGGCAAUUACUGGUUUACCAUAUUCAACGACUAUGCAGCCACGUUCUCUCUGCUGUUCGUCGUCCUCAUCGAGGUCAUAACUGUCAGUUACAUCUAUGGAAUCAGAAGGUUUGAAAAAGACAUAGAGGAUAUGCUUGGUCAUCGUCCCAACUGGUACUGGAAGAUAAUGUGGACAAUUACUAGUCCCCUUCUCCUCAUCUUCCUCUUCAUAACCUACAUUGUCAACUACAUCAGGGGAGGGACACCCACUUACCAAGCAUGGGACAAAGAGCUGGGUAAGACAGUGGUGACGGAGUAUCCUCUCUUUGGUCAAAUCUUCAUCGGGCUGCUACUGGUGUCAUCAGUCAGCUGUGUGCCCCUCACAGCUCUGUAUGUCUACUGCCAGAAGAGGAAACGUGGAAACCAUCUGAAGAGGCAGCGUACUGUCAGCACUGUGUCUACUUAGUGACCAGACGCUGAUGAGGACUAACCUCCCACCAUCACCGGCCUUCCAAGACACCCCCAAUCUCUGUCCUCUAGUUGCAACACUACUUCACUUAUCAUUGACUACAUGAGGGACAGUGGCACAUGAUCACUAGUCUUCUUUUGCUUCACUUCCACGUAAUUUCCAGUUAAUGGAAGGAUUUUUGAGUUGUUACUCUUGUAAAAGAAGCUGAGUGAGCAAUUCCCCGUUGCAGCAAGAAUUACAAAAGAUUGAAUUAUACCUUUCUACUAUUGGUACUACUAUUACUACUAUUACUACUUCAACUAUAACAGAAUAUAUUAUUAUAUAAUCUCUUUCAGUAUUAAAGUCCACAUAAAGUCUGGAGAAUUCCUCACUCUGUCUCAGAGAGCAGCUCCAUGGUUAACUGUGGAACAUUAUGAGUAAAUACUUUGUUAAACUGCCAAACAAAUGUAAUUGUGAUUCUGUAUUUUGUAUGAUGUUAGUUUACUUAAUGGUCAUAAUAUGAUGAAUAUAUGUAGAUAUGUAUGAGAUACAGUGAGUAUGUUAGUAUUUCUCUCAUAUCUUAUACACUGAGAACAUCUCUGAAGUUAUGUUUGAUAUUCUCUUAUCAUGGCUCUAGCUAGUUCUAGGUAAAGUUCAAAUGAUUUUCACAAUACACAAUGGGAUUAUCAUCAAGUAACACUUGUUCAUCCCUGGUUUCAGAAAUGUUAAGGGGACAAGGUAAUUCAUUUGUCAUCACACAAUACAGGGUUUCAUAAUGAAAUUAAAGUGCACAGUCCCCUCAUAAAAUGAACAGCUUGAUUAAGGCAGAGACGGGUCUCUGUAAAAGUCAGCAGUCUCUGAUUUCCCAUUUCCUUUAUUGAGGCAUUGUCAUUUGCAAGCCGUUCGGUGGCUAUGGGCACAGAUGGGUCAGUGAUGUCAGAGGGAGUAGAUGCACUGUAGGCCUGCUCGUGAAUUUUGCCAGUCCAUUUGCUAAACUCUAGUUCAGCUGAUUAAGUGAGGGCAGUCUGAGAAGAAUGAUUUGUGUCAGCCAGACCUCUGCCCAAAGCUCCACCCCCAAGAUCUCCGCACCAAUUGUUGAUUACUAUUGUUCUGCACUGAUGGAAACCACACCACCACCUUUCCUAGGAUAUAAUGUUUACCCAAAGACCACCUUUUAGUUUUGAAAAUAUUGUGAUCAGUGUCACUUGACCUGAACUGAGCUCAUCCCAUGAAAAGUGAUGUCAUGGCUUUGAUUCUGAUUCUGAAGUUUUUUAUUUUAUUUUACGGUUAGUCGAUGUGAUUUCAAAGUUGUUUCUUUUCCUCUAAAGAAUACUGUCUAUAUGUGUAAAUGUUGACUAUGGUGAGAUUGGAUAUGGUCUCUAUAAGGUUUUUAAUUUUAUGUGAGAACUAAGCUCAUCCAGUGAAGACUUGAGUGUGCUAACAUUUAAAUGAAGGAUUGUUUUUUAUUUUAGGGUAAUUAAAUCUGUCCCGUACUGGCUCAAACCAUAGAGUAGCAGCAAAUAUGGAAAAUGAAUGCUGCUACUCAACCUCCCAGUUUCACUGCCUCCAAUUGUUCUUUAUGAAUUAAAAUAGAAUGUCACUUUAUAUUCUCCAUGGAAAAAAAAAUCUGCGUUUAACCAAUCUAAACCCCCCCAUACACAGACAUACAGCUCUAAAAUGGAGUGGCCUGAGAGCACAAUGGCAGGUUCUGAUCUCAUUUUGCCAGAUUUUUGUGCAAUCUGGCCAGGGAAUUGAACUGGCAGCCCUCAUUCCACUAUUGUAACCACUGGGCUGCCACUGCCCAAUUGGUCCACCUGGUCCACCCUAAAAGGGUGUUGUAGCAAUUAUGUAUAUUCAUAGCUAACCCUGAAGUCAGCAUGGCUCUAGUUCCCUCUGUGGGAUUAUUGAAUUGGAUUUUGGAUUAUUGCAGAAAAUAAUCUGUGUGUCAAACACAAGUUUAUGACACUAACAUGCUCUGUUCAUUUAGAUAAUCUCCACAGAUGAACACGACUCAGAUGUUUGAAGCUAAUUAAGUGUGUAGCAGUAAGAAGCUAAUGUUAGGCUACAAACAGACGGCAUCGCAGUCACAUGACCUAAAUGUCACCACCACAGAGUCUUACUACACAAUUACAUACAGGUUUUCUGUAAGCUGAUCAAUGUACACAUUGUAAAGUCAGAGUUAAAAUAGUGUGUAACUAAAGUGGGCCUGUAAAGACGAACUAGUGAGUAGAUGAGUCUCCGUGUUCACAGUGAGGACGUUUAAUGUCCCCGACAACCUCUGUAGUCUCAUUUAGACGCUCGUUAGCAACCGCUAACUGUUUUUAACACACAAAGCUUUCUGAUUAAACUGUGGGACAUUUAAUGAUGGAUUUUAUUUUGGAGAACAAAACGUGUAAAUAUGUUCAGCCAAAUAGGUUCAGUGGAACCACACACCUUAUUUCACACAUUUAACUGAAAACACAUUCAACAAACUCACAGACUUUGAGACAAGGGCACCAGAUGCACCAUAAAGCCAAAGUCUGGCAAAGUUUGAAGCCACUACCGGCCACUCCAUAUGCAUGUGCCACCACUGCCAUGGAGAUUUUCUAAAAGUGUCAGGCAUUGAAAAAUCUGGAAGAAGGAAGUUUUCAUUGCUGGUAGCAAAACUUGUAAGUACCAGUAAUACACCUACUGUGCUAGUAUCAAGUUGAACACUGAACAAUUUGCUUUGUAGACCCUGUAUGUGAAAUGUGUACAUAGUGUAGAUAUGUGUGUGUUGACUGGAUGACCUACAGACUGUAUUCUCCAGAAAUAUAUGACUUUGCUUCAUUGUGCCAUUGGUUGAAUAGCAGUUUAGUAGCCUCACUAAAACAGACACUGAAGUGCCAUUAGGAACUAGUCUGAUGUCAAAUUAAGUCAAAUCAAAAUCAAAUCAAUGUCAUUAGCACAUAGUAUGUAAAGUGUUCUAACCAUUAUGUAAUCAUCUCACAGCUUUUUAUUCCUAUCUUGACCAGCAGAAAUUAAUGAUGAUUUUAUUUUUUUUAUUAAAGAAAAACGUUGUUAUAA